UAUAAGCAAGGACUCUCUUAGAGUUCGGGCUGGGCAGGUGAGAGCCAGGAGAGUAUCUGCAAUGACUUCAGUUCUGGUGGACAUCCAAGAAGAGGUGACCUGCCCCAUCUGCCUGGAACUACUCACCGAACCCCUGAGCAUCGACUGCGGCCACAGCUUCUGCAAAGCCUGCAUCACGAGGAAUAGUGAAGAAGCAGUGCACCGCCAAGAAAAGAGCCACUGUCCUGUGUGCAAGGCCAGCUACCAGCCUGGCAGCCUGCGGCCUAAUCGGCAUCUGGCCAACAUAGUGAAGAGGCUCAGAGACGUAGCGCUGGGCCCAGGGAAGCAGCCGAAGGUAAUGCUCUGCGCACAGCAUGGUGAAAAACUCCAGCUCUUCUGUAAGGAGGACGGAGAGUUGAUUUGCUGGCUUUGUGAGCGAUCUCAGGAGCACCGUGGUCACCACACAUUUCUCAUGGAGGAGGUCGCCCAGGAGUACCAGGAAAUGUUCCAGGAGUCUCUGAAGAAGCUGAGAAAAGAGCAGCAAGAAGCUGAGAGGCUAAUAGCUGUGAUAAAAGAAAACAGAACAUCUUGGAAGAGUCAGAUGGAGCCUGAGAGACACAGGAUCCAGAAAGAGUUUAAUCAGCUGCGAAACACUCUGGACAAGGAGGAGCAGCAGGAACUGAAGAAGCUGGAGGAGGAAGAGAGGAAAGGCCUGAGCAUUAUGGAGAAAGCAGAAGAUGAGCUGAUCCACCAGAAACAGUCCCUGAGAGAGCUCAUCUCCGACCUGGAGCAGCGAUGCCAGGGGUCUACAGUAGACCUGCUACAGGACGUGAGUGAUAUCACGAGAAGGAGUGAGUUGUGCACCUUGAGGCAGCCCCCGGUUCUCCCCACCAAGCUCAAAAGUAUGUUCAGAGCCCCGGAUCUGAAAAAGAUGCUACGAGUAUUUAGAGAGCUAACAGAUGUCCAGAGCUACUGGGUGGAUGUGACGAUGAACCCACACACAGCUAACUUAAAUCUCCUCCUGUCUAAAAACCGACGGCAAGUGAGGUUUGUGGGCGCUAGGCUGUCGGAGCCUUCCUGUGUGGAAGAACAUCACGACUGCAGCAUCCUGGGCUCUCAGCUCUUCUCCUCAGGAAAAUACUACUGGGAGGUCGACGUGUCCAAGAAGUCAGCCUGGAUCCUGGGCGUGUGCAGUCAUUCGGGGGAACCGAUCUUCUCCUUCAAUCAGUAUGCCCACAAGCUGAACCCUUGCUCCAAGUAUCAGCCACAGAGUGGGUACUGGGUGAUUGGCUUGCAGCACAAACACGAGUACAGAGCCUACGAGGACUCUUCUGCCUCCCUGCUCCUCUCCAUGGCAGUGCCCCCUCGCCGCAUUGGGGUUUUCUUAGACUACGAGGCCGGUACUGUCUCCUUUUAUAAUAUCACCAACCACGGCUUGCCCAUCUACACCUUCUCAAAAUACUACUUUGCUACUGCCCUUUGUCCAUACUUUAAUCCUUGCAACUGUGAAGUCCCAAUGACCCUGCGUCGCCCCAGCUCCUGAAUAUCCUGCACACCCCUCUGCUCACGGAUGCCCUUCUCCACGAGGCUCAGUGG